AUAUCACCUUUUCCAUUUGUUUGCUCGGUCUUUGCUUCAAAAUUGAGUCGAGCAAUGCUUCGUUAUUUGCGCUGUAGUUGCUUUAGGAACUGCUGCCGUUGUUUCUGUUGCUUUUACACUUACCCUUAAGGGCUGUAAGCUGUUCUUCUUAAACUCCCUUAUAAAGUUUCUCCCAAAGAUUUCGUUUUUUUUUUCAUUUCAAAAGUUCCACUUUUCAGGGUUUCAAUGGAUUUAUCUAAGCCUCAAUCGAGUUUGUCUCUAGGUUUUAUUAAAAAUUCCAUUACAGACGAUUCGAUUUCGCUACAAACCGACACCAGCUUUCGCCGCUCAUCGAACCCGGUCCGGCCCGUUCCUUUACAGUUCUUCGAGGAUAAGGAAGACGGUGCCCCUCAGUUCGAGAACGGCGAGCAAAAUGGACAUAACAACGAUGAUGAAGGAAUUAGGAUUUUAGGAAAAUCUAUGUGCCUGAAGAGACAAAGGGAUUCUAAACCUGUUUCGAACCCUUGUAGACGGUUAGCCGGCGAACUCAGCUUGGAGCAAAGACGAACAGCCGUCCGUUCAUGGGGGAACCAGCGGCUAGAAGAGGCGGAUCCAGAAGUGGGUGAAAUCAUGAAAAAGGAAAAACAAAGGCAAGUCUUGGGAAUUGAGCUUAUUGCUUCCGAAAACUUUGUGUGCCGAGCUGUGAUGGAAGCAUUGGGAAGCCAUUUAACGAACAAAUACUCCGAAGGCAUGCCAGGAGCCAGGUACUAUACGGGCAACCAGUUUAUAGAUCAAAUCGAAACCCUAUGCCACAAGCGUGCGUUGGCAGCCUUUAAUCUUGAUUCCGAGAAAUGGGGUGUUAAUGUGCAGCCAUAUUCAUGUACUUCUGAAUUUGCUGUUUAUACCGGAAUUCUGUUGCCCGGUGAUCGGAUCAUGGGGUUGGAUUCGCCGUCCGGAGGACAUAUGAGCCAUGGAUGGUAUAUGCCGGGUGGGAAGAAAGUAUCUGCUGCUUCUAUAUUUUUUGAGAGCUUUCCUUAUAGAGUGAAUCCUCAAACCGGGUACAUUGAUUAUGAUAAGCUUGAGGAGAAGGCGCUUGAUUACCGGCCCAAGAUUCUUAUUUGUGGUGGUAGUUCGUAUCCUAGGGAGUGGGACUAUGCCAGGUUUAGGCAGAUUGCAGAUAGGUGUGGAGCGGUGUUGAUGUGCGAUAUGGCUCAUAUUAGUGGUCUUGUGGCAGCUCAGGAAUGUGCCAGUCCAUUUGACUACUGUGAUAUUGUUACUUCAACAACUCACAAAAGUCUACGUGGCCCAAGGGGAGGUAUAAUUUUUUAUAGGAGGGGUGCAAAAUCUAAAAAGCAAGGCAUGUGUCUCAGUAAUGGUGAUUGUAGUGGCCAGUAUGAUUUUGAGGAAAAGAUUAACUUUGCUGUUUUCCCAUCAUUACAAGGAGGACCUCAUAAUAAUCAUAUCGCCGCUCUUUCCAUAACCUUGAAGCAAGUGGCUACACCAGAGUACAAAGCAUAUGUGCAACAGGUGAAGAAAAAUGCUCAGGCAUUAGCGUCUGCUCUGCUGAGAAGAAAAUGCAAGUUGGUUACUGGGGGCACCGACAAUCAUUUGUUGCUCUGGGACCUCACUUCUCUAGGCUUGACUGGUAAAUGCUAUGAGAAAGUUUGUGCAAUGUGCCACAUCACUCUGAACAAAACUGCUAUCUUUGGUGAUAAUGGUGCUAUUUCUCCUGGAGGAGUUAGAAUUGGUACACCCGCUAUGACAUCAAGAGGUUGUUUAGAGUCUGAUUUUGAGACAAUGGCCGACUUUCUUUACAGAGCAGCUCAGAUUACAAGUGCUGUAAAGAGAGAUCAUGGAAAAUUGCAGAAAGAGUUUCUCAAGGGUCUUCACAAUAACAAAGAUAUUAUUGAUCUUCGUAACCGAGUUGAAGCAUUUGCUGCUCAGUUUGCAAUGCCUGGAUUUGAUGAUUGAACAUUUAUAAAGAUGGUCUUGACACAAUUUUGUUAUUUCUCUGGCAUACCCCCUCAUCUUUUCCUGGUCAUUCAAUCAAUUUUGGCCGUUCAUGUCUUCCCAUUCUACACUUGUAAAUUACAUAGCGUAGGUCAAAAAUCACUUUGCUGAAUCAGUUGUCUUUCACUUGUGUAGCUUUGUAAAGAGUGAUUUGUUUCAAAACAGUAUAAAUAGUAUAUAUUUAUGAUGCAAUCAUAUUUUAUAGAACUGUAGUAUAUAGAUAUCUCCAUCCGGGAAGAACCUCAGCAACAAAUCCUACUAUAUCUGCCAUGUGGAUUGUGCCAACCUCAAAUUCAAUGCAGCCUACUGAAUUAGUCGGCACCG